AUGAAGGCCAGCAGUCCAACGUCCAGGGCCUCAAGAAACGAAGAAUACAGCGGGCAUGCGAUAUUUGUAGACGAAAGAAGAGUUUUUGGAUUAGAGCACAAUAGGAUGCUCAUGAGACUAGGCGAUGGCGUGCAAAUGCCUGGAAACCGCUGUUCCAACUGUAUCGCGUACAACUUUGAAUGUACCUAUGUCGAGGCCGCGAAGGGUAAAGUUGUCCUAAAGACCAGUCAGAACGUCGCGGAACUCAGGGAUAUCUAUAGCUACGUCGAGAGCCUGGAAAACCGAUUAGAGAAGCUGGAGAAUCUACUGCGGAGGCUUUGUCCAGAUGACAAUCUACUCAGAGAACUCGAUGCGUCGUUGGACAAGGGUACACUGCCGUUGGAGGCAGAGUCAAGCAGUGUGUUCACUAGCCAGCCGUCGUCUCCGCCUAGGACCGCCGAUCCCAAGGAGAUUGCCACGUCCAUGAUACGAAACAUGGAUGCAGAAGACAUUGAUGAAGACAAUGCUCAUCUCAUCCUUGCAGACAACCUGCGAACGCUCUCGAUUGACCCAGUCGACUACCGCUUCUUUGGCAAAUCGAGUGGAGCCAUGCUGAUUCAAACAGCCAUCGAACUCAAAAACGAAUACGCUGGGACCGAUCACAGCGAUCUUCGGAAGGCUAAUCAAGUCCUGGGGAAUAAACGGGAAGAGUUCUGGGUACAACAACCCUGGGAAAGCCGGACGUCACUACCAACUCGAGCCAACUACACGUUCCCUGAGCCCGACCUCAUGGCCAACUUGAUUUCUCUGUACUUCAAACGUGUCAAUCUCUACAUGCCCCUUUUGCACCGGCCCAGCUUUGAGCGGUCCGUCGCUGAAGGCCUUCAUCUCACGAACGACAGCUUUGCCGGGACUGUCCUCCUUGUCUGCGCGAUCGCAUCGCGGUUCUCUGACGACACUCGAGUGCUACUGGACGGCGAAGAAUCUUUCCAUUCUGCUGGCUGGAAGUGGUUCGAGCAGGUCCAGGUGCUGUCGGUUCAGUUCCUGCAGGGCUCUUCGGCGCCGCAAUCUUGUUGGACGAUGGUCGGGAUCGGGAUUCGUCUAGCUCAGGAUGUCGGUGCACACAGGAAAAAGGCUCAGAAGGCUGGCCCUACCGCCGAGGAUGAGUUGUGGAAGCGCGCAUUUUGGGUGCUCGUUUGUAUGGAUCGCCUGGUCAGUGCAGCUUUAGGACGCCCAUGUGCGAUCCAAGAUGAAGAUUUCGAUUUGGAAAUGCCGAUCGAAUGUGACGACGAAUACUGGGAAACUGAGUGUGACGACGUGGAACAACGAUGGAAGCAGCCGCCCGGGAAGCCUUCCCUCCUGACCUACUUUUGCCUGUUCCUCAAACUCAAUCAGAUCCUCGCCUUCUCCCUUCGGACCAUUUACUCCAUCAAUAAGUCGAAGAUCCUUCUGGGAUUCAUUGGUCCCCAAUGGGAGCAACACAUCGUCGCAGAAUUAGAUUCUACGCUCAACAAAUGGGUAGAUUCGAUUCCGAGUCACCUCAUGUCGUUGAUAUGGUCCAACAAAGGAAAAUACCCCCUCCACCUCAAGUUCAGCAUUUGGGGUGGCAAACGCUCUGGCCUCUCGACAGAUCCGAACAAAGAGAUGGUCGACGUCCACAAAUGCAUGAGGAUGCUGCGUGCUUGCGAAAAGCAAUGGCAUUCAGCAGGACGGCUUUGGGACAUUUUGUACGAGCUGGCCUCAGUUGGGGACCUUCCAUUACCCCAACCAAGUCCCCCAUCAAACAAACGAGAGCGAGACUCCGAAACCCCGAUCUCAUCCCCGAAUAGCAGCAGUUCGGUCACUCUUACCACCACCCAGCCCAACGGUGCACGGCCAAUUGCUGGAUCGAGGCGGGUUCAGAAAGAAACACUGGCAGGAAGGCAUCCCAUUACCAACCCUGCGAUACUUCCACCACCUCCUUCUGGCGCCGGAAUGUUGCAGGGUGACGUGCAUCACAUUAAUAGCCCUCAAGUCGCGCGACAAAUACACUUGCAAGCCUCUUCGGAAAGUUUACGUUCGUCUUCUUCGUUAUCCCAUCACCCGUCAAGUACGGCCAUUCCAUCCCCCCAUCUACCCGCACAGCAACAGCAGCAACAUCAUCCAGCGCCGCCUGACCAGACACAGCAGGGCGGUCAAAGCCAAUUCUUCUCGUCCUUGCCCCUUUAUAGUCAAGAUCUCGGCAAACUCCCCUUACAUGGCCAUCUCGAGUUCUCGUCGAUGGAGCAACCCAGCUAUUGGUAUAGCUCGCUUCAAGCGCCAGAACCUGUUCCGUCGACCACGGGUCUUCCAACAAGCUUGAAGAAGAACGGUGGAAAUGCUCCUCCGUCGAACCUCAUGCCGAGAGCUUCUAUCUCGCAGCACCAGCAACAACCACAGAUGCAGCAGCCUAGUUCGGAAGACUUGACUGGUUACGCAACGACCACAGCCUUGAGCAGGAAUUCGUCACAUCCCCAGCUGUCCAGCUUUGCGAGUGGUGGUUCUAGUGGGAUGGGUAUGAUGGCGUAUCCUUCAGGGGUUGGGCCCAAGGGCUCGGUGACGCCUUCGCCGGCAUCUUCAGCGUCUACGUUUUCCGGUAUGCAGGGAAUCUCGACAGGAGGUGCGCCGGCGUAUGGAAGACAGGACACAGCUUCUGUUGCGUCUGGUUCGUCUGCGAAUAGCGCUGGUGAUAUGAUGGAGCAACAGAGGAGGUCGUCGCAGAUGCAUGUCGAUUAUGGGGUGCAUCAGCCAGUUGCGUCAUCCAGUGCAUUCCAGUACCAGACGAAUCCUGGACAUAACCAGGCGGGUUUCAUGGAUAAUGAUACCAUGGCUAUGUGGUCUAAUGCGCCUACUGGUUUUGAGUUGGAUGAGUGGGGGACGUAUCUUAUGAAUGUGAGCGAGAUGACGCAUGGAGGUGCGAAUGCGUUUGAGCAACCGCAGCAGCAGCAACAGCACCAACACCAACAACACCAACAACAGCACCGAGGAGGGAUUCCACCACCGUUUCCGCAGAAUGGAAGAUUAUAGAAACUGUAUUGUACGGACAGCCUUUUGACUCUCCUAUUCCACUUUUACUACUACUAUUUCCCCCACUUGUGGUUUCAUUCGUCUCCAAGACGUCGUUACUCGUUAUUUGGUUUCAUUAUAAUCUAGACUCUAGAUGCUUUCGUCUCUUGAAUUGCUUUGCGGCAUUACUGCUGGAUUAUUUACCCUAUGUGUUC